AUGCCCACUUUAACAAAGCAACAGAUCAGAGUCAAGCAAAGCAGGCCCAUCAAUGUUAUAUGCAUCAAUUCGAAAACAAUUGAGUAUGAGUUAUAUGGCCACACGUUGGAGGAGUUGAAGAAAGAAACUACAAGGUUACUUAAAUCUGAAACAGAACCUCCAACUCAAAUGAAGCUUAUUGAUUCAAUACAGCGACUAGGAGUGGCCUACCAUUUUGAGGAAGAGAUCCGAGAUGGCAUAGAUCAUGUUCUUGAGGCUGUGAUGGAUCUGUUUAACAAAUUCAAAGAUAAGAAAGGAAGAUUCAUGGACAGCUUAAGCAAGGAUGCAACAGGUCUUUUGAGUUUGUAUGAAGCUUCACACCUUGGAAUGAACAGUGACGAUGGCUUAAAAGAAGCAAAGAACUUCAGUAUUAAACAUCUAGUGUCAUUGGCUGGUAAGUUGGACAAUAAUUUAGCUGAGCAGGUCAAGCAAUCCUUGCAAACACCACUAUACUGGAGAAUGCCAAGGUUGGAAGCCCGGAAAUUCAUCGAUCUCUUUGUAGUGGACGAUGAAAAAAGCUUAAUUCUGAGCAAAUUGGCCAAAUUGGAUUAUAAUCUGGUGCAAUCCAUACAUCAGCAAGAACUAAAGGAACUUGCAAUGUGGUGGAGAGACUCAAGAUUUAAAGAAAACUUGAGCUUUUCCCGGGAUCGCUUGAUGGAAAAUUAUUUGUGGGCAAUGGGAAUAAUUUAUGAGCCCCAGUUCUCCAAAAGCAGAAAAGGCCUUACCAAGAUGGUUUGCAUAUUAAGCGCGAUCGACGACAUGUAUGACAUUUAUGGAUCAUUAGAUGAGCUUGAACGCUUCACUAAUGCAGUAAAUCGAUGGAGCAUCGAGGCCAUGGAGGACCUUCCUGAGUACAUGAAGCUAUGUUACUUGGCCAUGUUCAAUUCCGGAAAUAAAGUUGCGGAUGAUGUUCUGAAAGAUAAUGGUCUGAAUGUUCUUCCCUACAUUAAAGAAGAGUGGACAAAUCUUUGUUGUUCAUAUUUGCUUGAAGCACGAUGGUUUUACGGUGGUCAUACACCAACACUGGAAGAAUAUUUUAGAAAUGCUUGCACGUCCAUAGGUGGUCCGAUAGCCAUAUUCCAUGCUUACGUGUUGCUAGGGUUCCCUGUAGCAGAAAAUUCUCUCAGCUGCUUCAAGCUUGGCUCAGAGACAAUUUAUUGGUCAUCUCUCAUUACCCGAAUUUGCAAUGAUUUGGGCACUUCCAAGGCUGAGCUUGCAAGAGGAGAUGUGCCAAAGUCCAUCCAAUGUUACAUGAUCGAAGAGCAAGUGUCAGAAGAACAAGCAUACCAUCACAUGAAGAGUCUGAUAAUCUCCUCAUGGAGUAAUCUUAAUGAGACAAUUGCAAGAAAAUCUCAUCCUCAAUCCCUUGUAAGGAUGUCAUUAAACAUGGCAAGGACUGCUCAGUGUAUCUUCCAAAAUGGAGAUGGUAUUGGGACAUCAACUGGAGAGACAAAAGAUACCUUAACCUCACUAAUUGUCACACCCAUUCCGAUUGAGCAACUCGACCCUAGCAUGAUGGACUCGGCUGGUUCAAGCUUGGGUUGA